UGCCAGAAGGGGUUCCCCAACCUGCCCGCAUGCCCUAUAUCUCAGACAAGCACCCUCGACAAACCUUGGAAGUGAUUAACCUCCUGAGAAAGCACCGGGAGCUCUGCAAUGUGGUGUUAGUUGUGGGCGCUAAGAAGAUAUAUGCCCACCGAGUCAUUUUGUCAGCCUGUAGUCCCUACUUCCGCGCUAUGUUUACAGGAGAAUUGGCAGAGAGCCGGCAGACAGAAGUAGUGAUCCGAGACAUAGAUGAGAGGGCUAUGGAACUGCUGAUUGACUUUGCAUAUACCUCCCAGAUCACUGUGGAAGAGGGCAAUGUUCAGACCCUACUGCCAGCUGCUUGUCUCCUCCAGCUGGCAGAAAUACAGGAAGCCUGCUGCGAAUUCUUAAAGAGACAAUUAGAUCCCUCUAACUGCCUUGGUAUUCGGGCUUUUGCUGACACACAUUCAUGUCGUGAGUUGCUAAGGAUAGCAGACAAGUUCACUCAACAUAACUUUCAAGAGAUUUUCAUGUCUUCUUGCCAUCUGAUGUUUCCAGUGAUGGAAAGUGAAGAGUUCAUGUUGCUUCCAGCCAAUCAGCUCAUUGAUAUAAUAUCUAGUGAUGAGCUAAACGUUCGCAGUGAAGAACAGGUGUUCAAUGCAGUGAUGGCCUGGGUCAAAUACAGUAUCCAAGAAAGACGUCCUCAGUUACCCCAGGUGCUCCAGCAUGUCCGUCUGCCUUUGCUCAGUCCCAAGUUCCUGGUGGGCACCGUGGGCUCUGAUCCCCUCAUCAAGAGUGAUGAAGAAUGCAGAGACUUGGUAGAUGAGGCUAAAAACUAUCUUCUAUUGCCCCAAGAACGACCACUAAUGCAAGGACCAAGGACAAGACCACGGAAGCCUAUCCGCUGUGGAGAAGUACUUUUUGCAGUUGGUGGUUGGUGCAGUGGAGAUGCCAUUUCCAGUGUAGAACGAUAUGACCCCCAGACCAAUGAGUGGCGAAUGGUAGCUUCAAUGAGCAAAAGGCGAUGUGGCGUUGGGGUCAGUGUUCUUGAUGACCUGUUAUAUGCAGUAGGAGGCCAUGAUGGAUCCUCUUAUCUCAAUAGUGUUGAAAGGUAUGACCCCAAAACAAACCAGUGGAGCAGUGACGUGGCUCCUACAAGCACCUGCAGGACAAGUGUUGGUGUGGCAGUGCUUGGAGGAUUUCUUUAUGCUGUCGGUGGCCAGGACGGUGUGUCUUGCCUCAACAUUGUUGAGAGGUAUGAUCCAAAAGAGAACAAAUGGACCCGAGUGGCUUCCAUGAGCACCCGAAGGCUAGGCGUGGCUGUGGCUGUGCUAGGAGGCUUCUUAUAUGCCGUGGGUGGCUCUGACGGGACAUCCCCCCUCAACACAGUGGAGCGCUACAGUCCUCAGGAGAACAGAUGGCACACCAUCGCCCCCAUGGGGACCCGCAGGAAACACCUGGGCUGUGCAGUGUAUCAGGACAUGAUCUAUGCUGUGGGAGGCAGAGACGACACCACAGAGCUCAGCAGUGCGGAGAGAUACAACCCCAGAACUAACCAGUGGUCUCCGGUGGUGGCUAUGACAUCCCGCCGUAGCGGAGUUGGCCUGGCGGUGGUGAAUGGACAACUCAUGGCUGUAGGAGGUUUUGAUGGCACAACAUACUUGAAGACCAUUGAAGUUUUUGAUCCUGAUGCCAAUACAUGGAGGUUAUAUGGCGGGAUGAAUUACCGUCGGCUGGGGGGUGGAGUAGGAGUUAUUAAAAUGACGCAUUGUGAGUCCCACAUAUGGUGAACGUCUAGAAGACAGCUGUGUGUAUGCUCUGCUGUAUUCUGGAGCGCUUUGACUUUGUAGCUUUCUAAGCUCGGGAAAACAUGAACAAAUUUUAUUCUUUGCCGGUGCCUCAACUAUGGAAACACAAACACAAAGUACUUCACCUAUAGGAUGCCAUCUUUGCACAAUAAUGUUCAGUUCUGUGCAGAAUAUUUAUUUUUGGUUUUAAUUUAUCAUGGUUUUGUUUUUUUAGCUUUCCUCCCAACCAAAAUAAAAAAUUCCAAGCACUGAAAUUUUAAGAUACUAAGUUUCAAAAUGUUAAUGAGGGGAGAAGGGCUAUAUAUGAUCUAGCUGUUAUUUCUAGGCACUCCAUCCACGAUUCCACUCCUUACAAGGACUACCAGUGACAAAGAUCAGAAUGCAAAGUGUGUAAGUUAGCUAUCAUUCUUGCACUAAGCACAAGAAGACUUGAAAAUCUUUUUUAAAAGUAUUAAAUCAAUAAAACCAGGACUCUAAAAGUUUUCAUCAGUGAAACUUUGCAUCUUGUUUCCUUCCAUAUGAACUUGUUUUCUGCUACAUUUAAAGUUUUUUCUCCGCAGUAUUUUAUAGUUUCUGCUAGAUCUAGAGCCCUACUGUGUGCCUCUACAAAACAGUAUGCAAUUCUCAUGUACUGUCUAGAGAAUCACCCAAUGGAAUUAUGCGCAUGUUUUUACUCUAAAACACUACCGACUGAAGCAACUUUCCUUUUGAUUUGCAUAUUGCUACCAAGGACCAGCAGGGAGAAAUGUGCUCUCCCCAGCAGUGAAUUGUUGUGCAACUUACAUUUGAUGCUCAGGCUGCUGAAGCUGAGGCUUACCUGUAAUCACAGCUGCCAAGGAAUGAAUUCUUCAGUUCACGUGAUAGUACAUGGGAAGGGGUGUAAAACCAGCUGAGGCAUUUUAUUAUCUUGGUUCUUUUAUACAGCUAUAUAUUAUCCUCCUCAUUCUAUAAAGUCACUGCUACUACUCUCACAUUGCACUUUUUGGAGAAAAGUUAAAAAGUUUUGAGAAAAUGCUAAAAAUUUCAGUGGUUGAAAUUUUUUGUCAUUGUGUUCAUAGACCUUCUGCAGGAAAAUCUUUUAAGAGUUUAUCCACAACAAAAGGAAUAACCUUCUCUUCUCCCCACAAAAAAAUAUUUGGCAACUUUUGUGUUUACAUUUAAAAAUCAUUUGCACCUUUACAAGGAAAAGUAUUUGGUAAA